AUGACUUCUCCGAAUAUUUAUAAAGACAUUAUAAGUGCUUGUGCAAAAGAAACUGUGAAAGAGAUUAUUGAGGACUUGAAUGGGGAUUAUUUUGGAAUUUUGGUUGAUGAGUCUAAAGAUGUUUCUCAUAAGGAGCAAAUGACACUUGUUCUGCGGUAUGUCAACAAAGAUGGUAAGCUUAUUGAGAGAUAUCUUGAUCUUGUUUAUGUUAAAGACACAUCUGCAAAGUCGUUGAAAGAAGCGAUCUACUCUUUGCUUUUAGAUCAUUCUUUGAGGCGAUUCCAAAUGCAGGGACAAGCUGUUGCGAAGAAACAUGAUGAUGUGAAUAAUUUUGUUGACAUUCUUGCUAAUGUUUUAAAUAUUGUCGGAGGUUCUUUUAAGCACAGGGAGAUGCUUCGAGAUGAUCAAGCUAAAAAAUUAGAGGAAUUACUACUGCUUAGUAAAGUUCAUAUGGGAAGUGGAUUAAAUCAGGAACUUGAACUUCAAAGACCCGAUGAUACCCAUUGGGGGUCUCAUUUUAAGACAGUACGUAACUUUAUUUCUUUAUUCUUAUCAAUUGUUCAUGUACUUGGAGUUCUUGAAAAAGAAGGUGCAAAUUAUCAUGAGAAAACAUUGGCAAAAAGUCUAGUAGAAAAUAUUAGAUCCUAUGAGUUUAUCUACAUGUUGCAUUUGAUGUUGAAAAUUUUGGUAGUUACAUAUGAUUUGAAUAUGGCUUUACAACGAAAAGAUCAAGAUAUUGUUAAUGCUAUUAAGCUUGUGGAUUUCUUAAAGAGACAAUUUCAAUUGAUAAGGGAAUGUAAAUGGAAUUCUUUGUUAGAAGAUGUCUCUUUAUUUUGUGAAAAGAAUGAUAUUGUGAUUCUUGAAAUGAAUGAGAAAUACGAACUUAACAAUCGCUUUAGUGAAGUGAAUACUGAUCUACUUCUUGGAAUGGCUAGUUUGAGUCCUGAUAAUUAUUUUUCAAAUUAUGAUAAAGACAAGAUCAUGAAGCUUGCUACAUAUUAUCCAAAUGAAUUCAGUGCCUCCUACCUUGAAGAUCUUAGUUUUGAUCUUGAUAAUUAUAUUUACUAUGUGAGAGAAGUGGAUAAUUCUUUCUCAAAUUUAAAAGAACUUGGAGAUCUUUCGAUAAAAUUGGUUGAAACAAAUAUGCACAAGACAUGGAGACUUGUUUAUUUGCUUGCGAAAUUAAGCUUGAUAUUAUCCGUGGCUACUGCAACAGGUGACUUGCGAGUGCAGAUGCAGCGCAGGUACGCGACCUGUGGGCGCAAAUGUAGCGCAAAAGCUAUUGGAAUUUGCAAAACGUCACCUGCGGGCACAGGUCCAGCACAGACUGGGUGCAGGGACGUGACUUCUACUGAAUAG